AUGGCGUGCGUUGCAGUUCGCUUGGUAAGGUUUCGUUAGGCUAUAUUUUGCUGGAAUAUAAGUGUUCAAUUGCUUGAUUUCGAAAUCAAUUUGACAAACAUUUUUUUUACCAAACAAUUUUGUUAAAAUGUUUGCUUGUUUGAUUCCGUUGACUUUUAAUCAAAUCGAAGUCACCUCCCUACUCUCUCGUUGCCUAUAUGCCUAUUUAUAAAUGUCUUCUCCCAUUUUUAGGACAAAGGAGCCCUAAAAAAGAUUGAUGGAGCCAAAAAAAGGCUUGAUAACAAAGUGGUAUGUGUUGUUGUGGAGCCACAUGUGAAGCAUCCCCUACAAAACAGGUGUGUUUUCAGGUUGAGAGAUUCCUAGUACAUGUUAAUUACUUUGAGGUUUCUAUUGUUUUUUGUUUGUUUUGUCAAUCAAUAACAUUUAUGGCUCAUACCUGGGGUGUAUUCAUUACGUCGAUUCUGUUGCAAAACGUUCCGUCUGAUAAACGUUUACUCAACGGAAAACGUUUUGCAACGAAAACUAAUUUCUAUUAGAUAAAUUCAGGAAGGGCCCUCUGUUUCAUUUCAUUUACUAUUUUUGGUUAUUUUAACUAAACGGUUUCUGUUGCAAAACGUAGUUAAUGCGCAAUUCACUUUACAAUUCAGAUAACAAUUGAAAUAUGAAGAGGGUCCACCAACCUCUGCUUUUAUUCUAUUCUAUCACUUGUGUGUUUCAGAUGGGCCCUCUGGUUCUACAAGAACGAUAAAAGCAAAAUGUGGCAGGAUAAUCUGAGACUCAUCACAAAGUUUGACACAGUGGAAGACUUCUGGGCGUGAGUUUUGCAGUUUGUCUUUGAUUUUCAGUAGGCUAAAUGGCUGAUAUCCUUGUCAGUUUUAUACAGUGGGGGAAAAAAGUAUUUAGUCAGCCACCAAUUGUGCAAGUUCUCCCACUUAAAAAGAUGAGAGGCCUGUAAUUUUCAUCAUAGGUACACGUCAACUAUGACAGACAAAUUGAGAGAAAAAAAAUCCAGAAAAUCACAUUGUAGGAUUUUUAAUGAAUUUAUUUGCAAAUUAUGGUGGAAAAUAAGUAUUUGGUCACCUACAAACAAGCAAGAUUUCUGGCUCUCACAGACCUGUAACUUUUUCUUUAAGAGGCUCCUCUGUCCUCCACUCGUUACCUGUAUUAAUGGCACCUGUUUGAACUUGUUAUCAGUAUAAAAGACACCUGUCCACAACCUCAAACAGUCACACUCCAAACUCCACUAUGGCCAAGACCAAAGAGCUGUCAAAGGACACCAGAAACAAAAUUGUAGACCUGCACCAGGCUGGGAAGACUGAAUAUGCAAUAGGUAAGCAGCUUGGUUUGAAGAAAUCAACUGUGGGAGCAAUUAUUAGGAAAUGGAAGACAUACAAGACCACUGAUAAUCUCCCUCGAUCUGGGGCUCCACGCAAGAUCUCACCCCGUGGGGUCAAAAUGAUCACAAGAACGGUGAGCAAAAAUCCCAGAACCACACGGGGGGACCUAGUGAAUGACCUGCAGAGAGCUGGGACCAAAGUAACAAAGCCUACCAUCAGUAACACACUACGCCGCCAGGGACUCAAAUCCUGCAGUGCCAAACGUGUCCCCUGCUUAAGCCAGUACAUGUCCAGGCCCGUCUGAAGUUUGCUAGAGUGCAUUUGGAUGAUCCAGAAGAGGAUUGGGAGAAUGUCAUAUGGUCAGAUGAAACCAAAAUAGAACUUUUUGGUAAAAAAGUUCGCCCGGACAACGGAGUGGCUUCGUAAGAAGCAUUUCAUGGUCCUGGAGUGGCCUAGCCAGUCUCCAGAUCUCAACCCCAUAGAAAAUCUUUGGAGGGAGUUGAAAGUCUGUGUUGCCCAGCGACAUCCCCAAAACAUCACUGCUCUAGAGGAGAUCUGCAUGGAGGAAUGGACCAAAAUACCAGCAACAGUGUGUGAAAACCUUGUGAAGACUUACAUAAAACGUUUGACCUGUGUCAUUGCCAACAAAGGGUAUAUAACAAAGUAUUGAGAAACUUUUGUUAUUGACCAAAUACUUAUUUUCCACCGUAAUUUGCAAAUAAAGUCAUUAAAAAUCCUACAAUGUGAUUUUCUGGAAAAAAUAUUCUCAUUUUGUCUGUCAUAGUUGACGUGUACCUAUGAUGAUAAAUUACAGGCCUCAUCUUUUUAAGUGGGAGAACUUGCACAAUUGGUGGCUGACUAAAUACUUUUUUCCCCCCACUGUACCUACUGUGGGUAUUGCAACUUCUAGGCAAGUGUCAGUAAAUUAAACCUACAAAAGUAUGUUGGGAACCUAUGAUGUAGGUCACCACCACUUGUAUUGUUUUCUCGACUGAAAAUGUAUUUGGUUUUAUAGGUUGUACAACAACAUUCAGCUGGUGAGCAAGCUUUCAUCUGGUUGCGACUACUCCGUUUUCAAGGUGAUGUAGACUUGUGGAGAAAUGUCUCCUUCAGUUUGAGGUUUUCAAUUUCCAUCAUACUUCUCAUACAUGUACUCCUAUAUUACUUGGACUAAAGUGAUACUGUCACUUCCCCCAGGAUGGCAUUGAGCCAAUGUGGGAAGACAGGCGUAACAAGUGUGGAGGACGCUGGCUGAUUACACUGUCGAAGCAGCAGAGGCACACUGAACUCGACCGCUUCUGGAAGGAGACGGUCAGUUGUUGGUCCACUCUGCUUUACACUUUUGUAUCACUGAAAGCCAGAAAUACUGUGUGCUCAAGAUUUGUCAGGAAGCUGAUUCAAAUCCAAAUAAAAUGAUUGGUCGCAUACACAUACUGUAUUUAGCAGAUGGUAUUGCGGGUGUAGCGAAAUGCUUGUGUUCCUAGCUCCAACAGUGCAGUAUAAUCUAACAAUACACACAUCUAAAAGUAAAAUAAUUGAAUUAAGAUAAUAUAAAUAUUCGGACGAGCAAUGUCUGAGUCCGGAGUAUAAAUAUGUGAUGUGUAGACAUUAUACUACAUUCUAUCCACAUACUGUCCAUAUCUGAAGAAUACGUAGGAUAGAAUAGUAUAUGUACAGCAAUAGAUUAAAAGGAUAGGCCUUGACUAGAAUACAGUAUAUACAUAUGAAAUGGAUAAAACGGAAUGGAAAUAUUAUUAAAGUGACCAGUGUUCCAUGUCUAUGUACAUAGGGCAGCAGCCUCCAAGAUGCAAUGUUGAGUAACCGGGUGUUAGCCGGCUAGUGACUAAGUUCAGGGCUGGGUACUGGGUGGAGGCUGGGAGUCUGGCCUUCAGAUGGAAGCUGUUUUUCAGUCCCAGCUUUGAUGCACCUGUACUGACCUUGCCUUCUGGAUGAUAGCAGGGUGAACAGGCUGUGGCUGAGGUCCUUGAUGAUCUUGGCCUUCGUGUGACACCGGGUGCUGUAGAUGUCCUGGAGGGCAGGCAGACCACACCACCCUCUGGAGAGCCCUGUGGUUGCGGACAGUGCAGUUGCCAUACCAGGCGGUGAUACAGCCCGACAGGAUGCUUUCAAUGACGCAUCUGUAAAUGCUUGAGGAUCUUAGGGGCCAAUAAUUUCUUUAGCUUCCUGAGGUUGAAGAGGCGCCAUUGCGGCUGCACCACACUGCCUGUGUGGGUGGACCAUUUCAGAUUGUCAGUGAUGUGUACGCUGACAAACUUGAUGCUUUUCACCUUCUCCACUGCAGCCCGUGGAUGGGGGCGUGCUCCCACUGCCGUUUCCUGAAGUCCACGUUCAGCUCCUUUUGUUUUGUUGAGGGAGAGGUUAUUUUCCUGGCACCACUCCGCCAGGCCGCUCACCACCUCCCUGUAGGCUCUCUCGUUAUUGUUGGUAAUCAGGCCUACCGCUGUUGUCGUCCGCAAACUUGAUAAUUAAGUUGGAGGUGUGCGUGGCCACGCAGUCAUAGGAGUACAGGAGGGGGCUGAGCACGCGCCCCUGUGUUGAGGAUCAGCGUAGUGGUGUUGCCUACCUUCACCACGGUGGCCCGUCAGGAGGUCCAGGACCCAGUUGCACAUGGGGUUCAGACCCAGGGCCCCGUAAUACUGAGGAAACCAAUUAGUUAUUUUAAAUAUUUUUUAACAGCUCCUUUGCCUCAUUGGAGAGGGCUUUGGCUCCUUCAGCAGGGACGUUUGCGGUGCUGUCGUCAAUGUUCGAGCCAAAGGUGACAAAAUCGCCGUCUGGACCACCAAUACAGAGAAUGGAGAAGCAGUUACCUAUAUUGGGUAAGUCCAGCAUUAUUCAGUGUGGCCGGACCAAAUGACUCGUUUCUGUAGUGUCAUGUCUGCCCUGAUUCACAGGCAUCUUGACAGACUUAUGGCAUACUUGCCUUGAACAGUCAUAGAUUUUACCUGCCGGCUUCACUCACCUCAGUCAAUAAACAGCCAGGCUUGGACCAGAUCCCACAGAAGCCGGAUGUGGCCUGUUGGCAGCCAUGUUGUAAACUAUAAUUGUUGAGGAUGAGGACAUCUGCUUAGCAACCUAAUGAAAAAUGGAUGUCCACUAGACUAAGGAAAGACCUAAUGGUGCAAUCUAUUGCUCCCAGGAUAUUAGUAUUACAUAUGGCAUUGGCUACAGAUAAUUGACAUCAACAGUUGCCCCCAUACAGCCAGAUUUAACAGCAUUUCUUUAUUUUCAAAGCUACCUUUUUGUUUGAUCAUGUGAUUGGUCAGUUAAAUUAAUGUUUUAUCAUGAUUCAUAUUUUCAGACGGAAGUACAAGGAAGGACUAGGCCUACCUCCAAAACUCGUCAUUGGAUAUCAAGCCCAUGCAGACACAGCCACCAAAAGCAAUUCAAUAACAAAGAACAAGUUUGUGGUGUAG